GCCUGGCCCCAUCCGGAGAACCGACUGAGGCUGUGAGUGUUUGGGGAAGCAGGCCUGCUUGGCGGCCGCAGCCCAGGCGUCCCACCUCCGCGCCGCGGCCCUGGGGCAUCGCGGAAAUGCGGAGCAGGAGCAAUUCCGGGGUCCGCUUGGACGGCUACGCGCGGCUGCUGCAGCAAACCAUCCUGUGUUACCAGGAUCCUGUCACAGGGCUGCUGUCAGCCAGUCAUGAGCAGAAGGACGCCUGGGUGCGGGACAACAUCUACAGCAUCCUGGCCGUGUGGGGCCUGGGCAUGGCCUACCGCAAGAAUGCUGACCGCGACGAGGACAAGGCCAAGGCCUACGAGUUAGAACAGAACGUGGUGAAGCUGAUGCGAGGUCUCCUGCAGUGCAUGAUGAGACAGGUGGACAAAGUGGAGAAGUUCAAGCACACUCAGAGUACCAAGGACAGCCUGCAUGCCAAGUACAACACUGCCACCUGCAGCACUGUGGUGGGGGACGACCAGUGGGGCCACCUCCAGGUGGAUGCCACCUCCCUCUUCCUCCUGUUCCUGGCCCAGAUGACUGCCUCAGGCUUACGUAUUAUUUUCACCCUCGAUGAGGUGGCUUUCAUACAGAAUCUUGUUUUUUACAUAGAAGCUGCAUAUAAAGUCGCUGAUUAUGGCAUGUGGGAGCGUGGAGAUAAGACUAAUCAGGGCAUUCCGGAAUUGAAUGCAAGCUCUGUAGGAAUGGCCAAGGCAGCACUUGAGGCAAUUGAUGAACUGGACCUUUUUGGAGCCCAUGGAGGACGCAAGUCUGUGAUCCAUGUCCUGCCUGAUGAGGUUGAGCACUGCCAGUCUAUCCUGUUUUCCAUGCUGCCAAGAGCAUCAACAUCCAAAGAAAUUGACGCCGGACUUCUUUCCAUUAUUUCUUUUCCGGCCUUUGCAGUGGAAGAUGUAAACCUUGUGAAUGUGACCAAAAAUGAGAUUAUUUCCAAGCUCCAAGGACGUUAUGGAUGCUGCCGCUUCCUUCGAGAUGGUUAUAAAACUCCAAGAGAGGACCCAAACCGAUUGCAUUAUGACCCUGCUGAACUCAAGCUCUUUGAAAAUAUUGAAUGUGAGUGGCCUGUGUUCUGGACGUAUUUCAUAAUAGAUGGAGUCUUCAACGGUGAUGCCGUUCAGGUCCAAGAGUACCAAGAGGCCCUGGAGGGAAUAUUAAUCAGAGGCAAGAACGGGAUCCGCCUGGUGCCAGAGCUCUACGCCAUCCUGCCUAACAAGGUCGAUGAAGAGUACAAGAAUCCUCACACAGUGGACAGAGUUCCUCUGGGGAAGCUGCCCCAUCUGUGGGGCCAGUCCCUGUAUAUCCUCAGCUCGCUGUUGGCAGAGGGAUUCCUUGCCACUGGUGAAAUUGAUCCCUUAAAUAGAAGAUUUUCCACUUCAGUCAAACCUGAUGUUGUAGUACAAGUCGCUGUUCUGGCAGAGAACAACCACAUUAAGGAGUUGCUGAGGAAGCAUGGGGUAAACGUCCAGAGCAUCGCAGACAUUCAUCCUAUUCGAGUCCAGCCAGGCCGGAUUCUUAGUCACAUAUAUGCCAAGCUUGGACGAAAUAAGAAUAUGAAAUUGAGUGGGCGACCUUAUCGGCACAUUGGCGUCCUUGGAACCUCUAAACUAUAUGUGAUUAGGAAUCAAAUCUUUACUUUUACACCCCAGUUCACUGACCAGCAUCACUUCUACCUGGCCCUGGACAACGAGAUGAUGGUGGAGAUGCUGAGGAUUGAGCUGGCCUACCUGUGCACCUGCUGGCGGAUGACGGGCAGACCCACACUCACCUUCCCCAUCACCCACACCAUGCUCAUAAAUGAUGGCUCAGACAUUCAUUCUGCAGUUCUUUCUACAAUUAGAAAACUAGAGGACGGAUACUUUGGCGGAGCUAGGGUAAAAUUAGGGAACCUUUCAGAAUUUCUCACCACAUCAUUCUACACAUACCUGACCUUCCUGGAUCCAGACUGUGACGAGAAGUUGUUUGAUGAUGCCAGUGAAGGGACCUUCAGUCCUGAUAGUGAUUCAGAUUUGGGAGGAUAUUUGGAAGAUACCUGUAAUCAAGAAAGCCAAGAUGAAUUUGACCAGUAUAUCAACAACCUUCUGCAAAGCACGUCUUUGAAGUGCUACCUGCCCCCUCUUUGUAAGAAGACAGAAGACCGCUAUGUUUUCAGUGCCGUCCACUCCACUCAGGACAUUCUUUCCCUGAUGGCAAAAGCAAAGGGUUUCGAAAUUCCAUUUCCCAUGACUUUGCCAACUAAAGUUCUAAGUGCCCACCGGAAAUCACUGAAUCUUGUUGAUUCUCCUCAGCCACUCUUAAAAAAGGCUCCCGAAGGUGACUUCCCGUGGCCCAGAGAUGACCGUGGUGACGUGGACUGUGAGAAGCUGGUUGAGCAGCUAAAAGAUUGUGUGAACCUGCAAGACCAAGCAGACAUUCUAUACAUUCUCUAUGUAAUAAAGGGUCCCAGCUGGGACACAAAUCUCUCCGGACAGCACGGGGUCACCGUUCACAACCUUCUCAGCGAGCUCUACGGGAAAGCCGGCUUGCACCAGGAGUGGGGUUUGAUUCGCUACAUCUCAGGCCUGCUCAGGAAGAAGGUGGAGGUCCUGGCCGAGGCCUGCACAGACCUGCUGUCACACCAGAAGCAGCUCACGGUGGGCCUGCCACCUGAGCCCCGGGAGAAGACCAUCUCUGCGCCCCUUCCCCCAGAGGAACUCACAAAACUCAUCUACGAGGCCAGUGGACAGGACAUCAGCAUCGCCGUCCUCACACAGGAGAUCGUGGUUUACCUGGCCAUGUACGUCAGGGCCCAGCCCAGCCUCUUCGUGGAGAUGCUCAGACUCCGGAUUGGACUGAUCAUUCAGGUGAUGGCCACGGAGCUGGCACGGAGCCUGAACUGCUCAGGAGAAGAAGCUUCUGAAAGUUUGAUGAACCUCAGCCCUUUUGAUAUGAAAAAUCUCCUGCACCACAUUCUAAGUGGGAAAGAGUUUGGUGUUGAAAGAAGCAUGCGCCCUAUCCACUCCUCGACGUCCAGCCCUGCCAUCUCCAUCCACGAGGUAGGACAUACUGGAGUCACCAAAACGGAGAGGAGUGGCAUUAGCAGACUGAGGAGUGAGAUGAAGCAGAUGACUAGGUGGCUUAGUGCUGAUGAACAGCUCUUCUCUGUGGGCCGGGCUGGGCCGGGUCGGCACGCGCAUCCCACCAAGCCUGCGAGGUCCAGCACCCCGUCCUCACCCACCGGCACAUCAUCGUCAGACUCAGGAGGAUAUCACAUCGGCUGGGGGGAGCGGCAGGGCCAGUGGCUGCGCAGGAGAAGGCUGGACGGGGCCAUCAACAGGGUCCCCGUGGGAUUCUACCAGAGGGUGUGGAAGAUCCUUCAGAAGUGCCACGGUCUAUCCAUCGAUGGUUACGUCCUCCCAUCCUCAACGACGCAAGAGAUGACCCCGCAUGAGAUCAAGUUCGCUGUGCAUGUUGAGUCGGUGCUGAACCGUGUGCCCCAGCCCGAGUACCGGCAGCUGCUGGUAGAAGCCAUCAUGGUUCUGACACUACUCUCGGAUGCCGAGCUCAAUAGCAUUGGGGGUAUCAUCCAUGUGGACCAGAUCGUGCAGAUGGCCAAUCAGCUGUUCCUGCAGGACCAGGUGUCAGUUGGAGCUACAGACACCCUGGAGAAAGACCAAGUCACGGGAAUUUGCCACUUCUUUUAUGACAGUGCUCCAAGUGGGGCUUAUGGGACAAUGACCUACCUAACGAAAGCAGUGGCUUCUCAUUUGCAGGAAUUGCUGCCUAAUUCAGGGUGCCAGAUGCAAUAGGGUCUUGCCUAUAAACAUGACCAUGCUAUGAAUCAGUCCCUUGCCCCCUAGCCUCAUUGGAAACUUUCUUCUGUCCCCCAAGAUCCCCUGUCCUGUCACAAAAGCAUGUCCCAUCAGAAAUGCUGGCGAGGAAGAGAUGGCAGCACUCAACCUGAAGCCACAGACAGAGCUGAUGACUCCUGUGCUCCCUAAGGAGCGCCCUGGGAUCAUUUUCUAGGUACAUUUCACUGGAACAUUUGUCACAGCAUCUGGUCUCGCAGACUCUGAGGAGGAAUUGGAAAUUGGUCUCUUUUGAGUGCAGAGUGAAUUGAGAAGCCAGCUUAAAUUGGCUCUCGCUGAGUUACAGAAAUAGGUUCGAUGAGCUGGUGACACAUCCUAAAGAUGGAAAGAUCCUUCCAGCAGCAGUAGCUAGACAAGCAGACCUUGACAAGGGGAACAUCUUACCAGGAUGCAGUCUGUCUGCAGACCCAACUGUUUACCAAAUAGAACAAUUCUAUCUUUCUGUGGCAUUCUGCUCUUGUGCCUUGCUUGCUUGCUUAGCCUCUCAUUUCAUUGGCAUGACUACCUUCGUGUAAUAUUUAGGAAAUAGCUCCUAGUUAACUUUGGCUCAUGAUCUUCAGGAUUUUAUCCUGGCUGCCCAUGAAUUAGGACUUUCUCCUGCCUAACAAAAAAACCUACAUCUUCCAGAACCUAGCAAAAAAAAAAUAGGUGAGGAUCCAGCUCUUCUUCUAGGCAGGCAAACUGUGUUUUUAGGUCUGAGCAAGUAGGGAGGCCCUGGGAAGGCCUGUGCCCCCAGCAUGGGUGAACCUCCCGGGCUCUGGGGGAACCACCACGUCGCAAGCAUGAGCCAGCAGAUGCCACACAAACUAGGGGUGUGUUCCCACAGAAAUGGUGCUUUCUACUUCAGAAGAGAGCCAGGCAGGAACUUGAACCCUCUUCAUGGAAGCACUUCCGUCUCCGCUCACAGGUAGGUGUGCUCCCAGCCACUGGCUGCAGGGGCGCGAGCAGUAAGUCACGACGGUCUGUCGGGUCCUUCACCGGUGUGCUGCAGGUGGAGCUGCUCUCCAGGCCUUGGCUUACCUUGGGGCAUGAGCAACAGCAACAGGGAAAACAGCUUCUGUCAAUAAUAAACCUUGGAGAGCUGUC